CGCAGGCGCACUAGCAGAGCCUCUGUGCAGCUGUCAAGCCCUCCUUGCUGCGCAGCCCUCGGUACAGUACAUCCUAGCACAAACCCGGCGUGCCCGUGCAGCAAAGGAAAGCAAAGCAAAGCAACGCAACGUACACCACUCAUCCCGGGUCCGCUGACUCACGCUGAAACCCGCAUCAUGUCCGCAGGAGGCGACUUUGGGAACCCCUUAAGAAAAUUCAAACUGGUCUUUCUGGGAGAGCAAAGUGUUGGAAAGACUUCUCUGAUUACAAGGUUCAUGUACGACAGUUUUGAUAACACGUACCAGGCAACAAUUGGAAUAGACUUCUUAUCAAAAACCAUGUACUUGGAAGACCGAACAUUGUUGGAACACCAGGUGCGACUGCAGUUAUGGGACACGGCAGGCCAGGAGCGCUUCCGAAGUCUGAUUCCCAGUUAUAUCCGAGACUCAACUGUGGCAGUGGUCGUUUAUGAUAUCACGAACAUAAAUUCAUUCCAACAGACCUCCAAAUGGAUUGAUGAUGUCAGAACAGAAAGGGGAAGUGAUGUCAUCAUUAUGCUAGUGGGCAACAAAACAGAUCUGGCAGAUAAGAGGCAAAUUACAAUUGAACAAGGAGAAAAGAAAGCCAAAGAACUGAACGUCAUGUUUAUUGAAACAAGUGCCAAGACAGGCUACAAUGUGAAACAGCUUUUCCGACGUGUUGCAGCCGCACUCCCUGGGAUGGAGAGCAUGCAAGAGAAGAGCAAAGAAGGCAUGAUCGACAUCAAGUUGGACAAACCACAGGAGCCUCAAGCCAGUGAAGGAGGGUGUUCGUGUUAAUACAGAACGGGAUUGGACAGCUCCAUCUAAACCACAUGCUUGUUGUGUUGCUUCCUAUUGGUUAGCUUCCAGUUGAGUUCUCAGGCUGGAAAUUUGGCCUUUCAGUCUGACUAUUGACCAUUGCUUGGAACUAGUGUUAUUUCAAAUCUUCAGUUGUAAGAUAACAUCCUUCACUAAAAAUUGCCAAAAAAAAAAAACACUUGAAAAUUAAAAAAAAAAAGUUAACUCAAAAUAUGUGUAUACAACCUUUUUGAAUAUCUAGAAUGGUAUAAAUUUUGUUUUGUAUUUUUGUAUACUUAAGGAAAAGCACUAAAAUGAUGCAGAAAAAAAAUUGCUUCCAGCUUGCUAACUACUGUAUAUACUGUACAUGUAUAUGUGUAUAUGGUGGUUGUGUGUAUUUGUUAGCACAGACACACACAAACACCCUUUACAUAUAUAUAUACAUAUAUAUAUAUAUAUGUACAGAUACACAUACACAUGCAGAACCAUGCACUCACACACGUCUAUUCAAUAUAUCUCUCUAUAUUUGGACCCUGUCGUACAUGAAUAUUUUUAAGAGUAUAUACUGUAUACCAAUUCAUAAACUCAGACAAUGAAAUUGCAGUUCUGGAUAUUCUGAUGUCAUCAUCGUUAGCUUGUUUACACAAAUAUGCAAAUGUAUGCAUUACAAGCAAUAUAAGUGAUUGUUUAUGCGUUGUCUCUUACCGUAUCAGCUUAAUAAUUGGCUCACACAAUCCCAAACUUUUUCCUGGCCACCCUCACACACACUAAGAAAUUUAUGAUUUAUGCAAUUAUGUAUAAUUAAUAUGAAUCAACCCAUUUCUUCAUUUACUGCCAUUUGACCCAAACCCUCAGCUCAAUAGCUACAGCCCUAUAGUAUUAUUUAUUCAAAAAUGCUGAGUUAUGACUGUGUUGUUAAGGAUGGAUUGCACUCAUGAAUUAUUCUUCUCUCCAGUAUCAUUUUAUUUAAGU